AUGAUUUAUAGAAUAUUGGGAGUAUUAUAUUUAUCAUCUAUCAAACCAAUAAUUGAAGAACUAGAUCUAGCUAAAGAAUAUAAGAUAACUCAUAUACUAUCUAUAUUACCAGGACUGAUUAAUGAAACAUAUUUUUCAAAUUAUACAUGGAAACAAAUUGAAAUAACAGAUGAAGAAACAACUAAUAUUAUACCAUAUUUAGAAGAUUGUAUUACAUUUAUUGAUUCUGCUUUUAUUAAUGAGAAUCCAGGUAAUGUUUUAGUUCAUUGUGCUCAAGGGGUAUCCAGAUCCGUUAUUGUAAUAAUGGCUUAUUUAAUGAAGAGAUAUAAAUUAACAUUAGAUCAAUCUUUAUAUGCCGUGAAGAGAAAAUGUUCAGAUGCAGAACCAAAUUCAUCAUUUAUUAAACAAUUGGAAAUGUUUGCCAAUAUGGGUUUCAAAUUAGAUGAGUCAAACGAAGAAUAUAAGAGAUUUUUAAUUAAUAUUUCAAUGAAAUUAGAUCCCACAGGUAAACAAGUUAGAGAUCUAAUAAUGGAAAGACAAACUAAUGAUGAAUCAAAAGAUAUGAAUUCCAAUUUUGAAUUAAGAUGUAAACGAUGUCGACAAAUUUUAGCCAAUCAAUCCAAUAUGGAGACUCAUGAAAUCCCUACACAAGAAUCAAAACAAUCAAAAUUUACAAAGACAGCACCUAAUUCAAGAAGAAUAAUUUCUAUUCAAAAUGCUUCUAACAAAUGUUCACAUUAUUUUUUAAAAGAACCAGUUAAAUGGAUGCAAUCAGAACUUGAAAAAUCACAAUUGGAAGGAAAAUUUCAGUGUCCAAAAUGUGGAUCAAAAGUAGGUGGAUACAAUUGGCAAGGAUCAAGAUGUUCGUGUGGGAAAUGGAUGGUACCUGCAACACAUUUACAAGAGGCAAAAGUUGAUUUUUUCAAGAAAUAA